UUGCAAGGGUAGAAAGAAGAGAAGGCUGGUUGGUUUAGAUAGUCCUGUCUUGGGACUGGGAGAGCGCGCGACUCGGGUGGGGAGAGGAGCAGCAUGUCCAGGGGUUGUUGUUUUUUGCCUAGGCCUGCCGUGACGGCGUUGCAUAGAAAUAACUGUUGAGGGGAAGGGAAGUCUGUUUGCCAUUGGCGGAGGGAGGCGUCUUCUUCAGAGUGUGGCCUUCACAAUUUUGUUAUAGGACGGUGUAGGGUCUAGUAAUGUUGUUCAGACUCCUGGAAGUGUCGCUUCGAAAGAAUGCUAAAUAGAGACUGGGCUUGUGUAGGCAACAGGGUGGGUGCUGCUAGGGGAGGAGGCUUGCAAGUCCCUACCUGGAUUCCCCUAAAACGGUUUAGCAUUUAAAAUCCCGAGAAGGCGGGGGUGAAGCAGGCAGCUCAGCUGCUUUUGGCUCUUGAUUUGUGUCACUAUUAGUGUGUUCUUGACAGAACCUGGAAGAAUUGUUGUCGCUGGUGUGAUUUCCUCAUGCAAAAGCCUUAGAGGUCUUGGAAGAAACAUUAUUUUAAAAACUUGCUAAGUUUGAACUUCAUUGGGACACGUUAAGAGGAAGCCUAGAGUUUUUCUCUCUCUCUUUUUCCUAAUCAUUUUAAACUAGGAUAGUGUGUUUAUCCUGGUAUUGAUUUGGCGCAUCGUAACUUAGGGCAAGGUUCUAGAAAAAAUUAUAAUUGUUUUUUUCUAGCUGAUAAGAGUGCAUUGGUAGGAAAAGUUCUUUUUGGGGGUAUUAUUGUUAAGCAUUCUGCCCAUCCUUUUCCCCAAGAAUGGUACAGAAGGGUCACAAGAGUAAGCAGGACCAAACUUCACUUUGUCUGUUCCCAGAAGUGGGGAUGGAAGCCCAAGUUGGGCAACCAGCAUCUACUAUAGAUGGUCCAUAUACAGAUGCAAACAGACACACAGAACAAUCCUUCUCUUUGCUGCCUCUGCUGCAGCCUAGUAAUUUAACAGAGGAACUCAUUCCUAAUUCUGGGGUGAAACUGCAACAGAACAGACUUGUCACUAAAAGAAGGGGAUGGGGGAGAGGUGGUAGAAAAAAGGCUACAAAGGCAGUGGGCUGUCAAACAAGGGCAAAGAGUGCUGAGGAUAUAAAAUUGGAGAACAUCUUGAUGGAAGGAAGUGAUUCAGAAAUGACUGUCCAGAAUAGGGGGAGACAGCAAAAUCAUGUUUCUUCUAGAGUUACUUUGCAAGGUGAAUUAGCUUCAAAGGUUAGAAAGAAAAGAAGAGGUAGCUCCUCAUUGGAAAUGGGAUCCUAUGGAAAAGACAUAACCCUAAAGAAAAAUUGUAUUAGCUGUUUGCUUGAACCUGAACUAAAUACCCACAGCUGCAUGGAGAAAGCAAAAGGCUUAAGAAAAAGGCACAUCUUCAUAAAAUCAGAGAUUAGCAAGGAAGUUCAAAAUCUAACAGGGGAAAAAGGUUGCUUAGUAGGGCUCAAAACUCCUGAAGUAAUAGGGAGCCUGCAGAAAAGCAGCAGCAGCUGUUCUGCCUCAAAACCAGAACCUCUGCAGAAAUCAUUGUACUUGAGAGAGAUAACUAAGCCUGUGAGGCUAGAGCAGAAGACUGUUAAGAGCCGGGGCAAAAGGCAAAGGAAAAAGAGGAAGUGCUUAUCCUCUAAGUCAGAGUUAUGUGUCCAAAGUGUAAGCCUUCAGAAAUGUCAAAGAAAGCAGAGGAAUAUUAGUUGCUGUAAAUCACAACCGCAAAGCUUUGCUCCUGAGAGCAAAGCAAACACAGUGAAGAUUAGAUCAUCCUCAGUCCCAAACCUGCCAAAUGGUAACUCUGUGGAAGAGACAGAACAUCUAGGUGAGAGAGCCUGGUUGGUAGAGCCUCAGGAAUCAGGAAGAGCCUUGAGAAAAAGAGAGUCUUCCACUGCAGUGGCUUCAACAAAAUCUCAGGAUGUAGAGGCUCCGAAACAAAAUAGCAGACAAUUAUUGGUGUGUCUAGCUAAUCUAAAAGAUAGUAAAAAGUGCAGAUGCACUGCAGAAGAGGGGAGACAGAGAAUAACUCGAGCUUUUUUAAAAUCAAAGAUGUGUGAAAAUGAUGAUGAGAAGCUGUACUGGAAACUUGAAAAGUCUGUUACUACAGAGACUCCUGGGUGCAAGCAACUGAGACAAGGGAGCCUGAAGAAAAAAAUGGCUAUAGGACAAAUGAUAGAUUCUGUACUUACCAAAGAGCCGUUAAUUACCGGAGUAGAGGGUAGUUGUAAGAAACAGACAGGUGGAAAUUGUGAAAUUGUGACUUCAACUGAGCUAAAAAUAAAGGUCAAAGCAUCUAGUGAGCAAAGUCUAGAAGUUUUGCGCAUACAGCAUGAAAAACUGCUAGAGACUGAUCUGAGUACGUCUCAUGACUGCACUAUACAAAAUCUGCCAGAGCAAAGUCUUCCACUAUCUAAACCAGAUAAGGCUGAAUGCAAGGGUCCUCUUAGCUCUUGUUCUGGGAAGGAAGCUACAAUAUGUUGUGAUGCCACCUCUUCUCCUGUUACAAAUGCCAGAUGUCCACAGGUUUUGGAUAUAAAAGUAACUGAAAGGAAAGCAGAAAAGAACACAUUCGCAGUGCACCAGGAUGAAAAACCCAGAUGUCUUGCUAAGAAUAAUACCUUGCCAUGCAGAGUAGAAAAGAAUCCCAUUGUAAGAUUGCUAGACUGCCAUUAUAUUAAAGCACUGAUAAAACAUACAAAUGACGAGAACAUCCAAAGCUGCAAACUUCAUUGUGAAUCCCUAAAUGUUGCACUUGGUCAGAGAGAAGUUCGUUCUUCUCGCAGGGGCAUGGGACAGAAUGAUUUGAAUAGUAGCCCUAACAUAGUGCAAGCUGAAAGAUCACUUGUGCAAAAAACCAUAUUGGUUGAAAAAGGAAUGUGCCACAAUAAGAACUCCUCAAGAUGUUCAAAUGGAAAAAAGCGAUUCAGGGAGAAUAAGUGGUGUAUGGAUUUUAAAAAAUCAAGAAAAAAGAUAAAAAUGUCUGAGGACCUGGAAAAAGCAGCAGAGAAUGUUCUUAAAAACAUAAAUACUGAAACAUAUGAACUGCAGAUAGGUGCUAAAACUACUACAGCAGAUUCUUCGAUAGUUUCAGAAAAAAUAAACUAUAAUGAAACUGCUUCUUUAUCCAUAUUUGAUCAUACACCUAAUUUCCUACUGGAACAGCAUGCCCUAAAGCCUCAACAUCAACUUGAUAAGUUGUCUGGCAGUGAGAAAGUGAGUGGUGAAGCACACAUUGUCCCAUACCAUGACAGUGGCUUUGAGAAAUCUGGAGUUCUUAACAGAGAAAAGUAUGUUCUUGAGUCAAAGAGCAUAGAAACACAAACUGACAUGAGCAAUAACGUAGAUGUUUAUUCUAUAGGGGAGACAUUGGCAAGUGAAAAAAUCACUAGUUGCAACAACAAUGUAGCUUGCUGUAUAAAAAGAGAAAAAAGAAUGCCGAAAGAAAAAACAAUAAGUAAACCUGAGAGGAAAUUGCAGCUAUUCAGCUGUCAAAGAGUAGUACCAAUUUCUGGUAAAAAUAAUUGGCCCCAUGAAUCAUGUGCUAGGACUUCCAUAUGGAUUGGUGAGAAUCAUGCAUCAGACUUGGAAAGAGGGUUUUUAAGAGGCACUGAUUCAGUUGUGAACUCUGAGCAAGUGGAGUUCUGUAAGCCAUUGUCAAAUACUAGCAAAGCUUCUGAGAAUAAGUUAAUGAAUUGUAAAACAGAACUUCCUGAGAAAAUGCUAACUUCAGGAUCUCUACUUGAUAUGUGCAGGGCUACUGGUAAUGAGAAUAGACUUGCCUCUGUGGAUAUGGAAGACCCUAAACAGUGCACAUCUUUAAGCACUAAAAAGACAAAGAAAUCUAAAAUGUUUUCAUAUUCAUCAGUGAAAGAUGUUAAAGGAAGUUUAGUAAAGAGAAAUAUUUCAAUGCAUGUCCAAAAUGGUCCGCUUGUACACAACAAUAAAAGACAGACAAAUGUGAUGUACCUUGCCAAACAAGAACAAUUACUGAAAUCAUUAAACACAAGGAACCUCUCAAACUUCAAAAUUCCUUUACUUAAGGAUAAAAGUGAAUCUAGAAAAGCAGAAUGUGCUAAAUCAUUAAAAAAAGAGAUCUACAAUUCUUUGGACAUUCUAAAAGAUACUUUUGCUUCUGUAAAGAAAGCCACAACUAAGGAGACAUCAUCUGAUGUUAAUUUUGGGCAUUGGUUCUACUCUAAGCACAUUAAUGAUACUACAGUAACUAAACUAGAGGAGCAUGCAGACAUAUCUGUCAGUGAUGUUCCUGAAUGCCUGUCUAAAGAGAGAAGUACUUGUAAUGAAGAUGUAGAGGCUUUUCAUGAGAGUGAGCUAGAAUCAUCAACUUUGAAAGAUAGUCCUGACAUCUUGAGUACUGGAUAUAUAGAGAAACAAAUGCUGGACUCUGUUGUAGCAUCAGAAGUUAAGAAAGAUAAUUACAGCAAAAACUUUACACAGUAUAAAGGUAACUUUCAUGCAGACAUUCUUCAGGCUUAUGAAGAUGACAUCCUUGUGAUUGAUGUAAUUCAGGAUGACCCUGAUCUGUUUGGAGAUAUAGAUGAACAGAAAGCCACAAGCACAAAGGAGCAUAUUACUGAAAAUCACUUGAAUACCAGCAUCAUCUCAAAAGAAAAACUGGAGUUGGAAUCGGAAUCUUCUCAGCUUCAAAAGAGUAGGCAUUUGAAAUGCUGCCCUAGAGAGGGUCCCAUUCAGGAUUAUGGAACAAUGAACACAGAUGGCUGUAUUUCUUUGAAGAGAGCUGAUGAAAUUAAAGCAGAUUCCUUAAGUGGAGCCAGUUCUAUAGGAGGUAUAAAAGGGUCAUCUUUUGAGGAUGCACAGCUAACUGAAUUGGAUAAUCUUAUAGAAAGUACUGACUUGGAUGAAAAGUACAAAUGUUCAGAUAAACUGGCUGCUGUAAAAGAAGAAAAAGAAAAUAUUCAGCAAAUUGCAAAAACUGAGAGUACUCUAUAUGUUGAACCUGUGAGCAGCGUCUCUAAGCUACAACUGCCUCUGCCACUUCCUACUAUGAAAGCAAUUGUUCCCCAAUGGCAAGGCACAGCAGCGAUACCGUGGAUGAAUGGUUUCAGAUUGCCAAGGAAAGAUCCUGUUUUACUAUCAGCAUAUCCUAACAGUUAUGAAUCUUGGAAAGUAGACACAAAUGCAGUGACUAAUUUAGGGUUGGUCAGACUACCCCGUGGAUAUUGCAGAUUACAUUUCAAUACACUGAAUGGUUGUGACAGAAAAAAAUGCUGGUUUUCACAUGUUCCUGAACCAGGAAAUGAUAAGAUUUGCAAUGAAAUACUUAAGAAAUAUAUAAGUAUUGGUGAAGUAGUUUUGCUGAAGCGUGCAGUCCAGAUAUUUACAGAUUACUAUAAAGAAAUUACUCCAGGGAUACAUUUGGAUUCACAAAUACUAAAUGACCUGCUAACAUCUUUGCUGCAGGAUCAUUUGCUGAAAGAAUUGUUUCGUGUACUGAAUACUAGCAUAAUGAUUAAAAAACUGCCAACUGUAGGCCUUCUCCUCAAAGUGUUUGAGUAUGUGGCUUCGAUGAAAACAAAAGAGACAGUGCCUGAACUAAUUGACAUCUCUUGUAAGCUUGUUGAUGCUGGAAUGGUUCUUGAUUAUGAGCAUUUUAGCUAUAUCACCAAGUUCCUAAAACAACUAGAAGUUUCCAGUAAGGAAAUGGCUAUACUUUUAUCUAGAUUCCAGGCAAGGCAUUUCCACAAGGCCAGCAUUUGUGAUUUUGAUACAGCAAUAGCAGAAUUCCAGCACUGUAAAGAAAAAGGUGACUGGACUAAAUUGGGAACUUUGUACAUUAAUUUGAGGAGAGGGUGUGAAAACUUUGGAAACCUUGAAAAAUACUCAUUGUGCAUUGCUAACAUCUUAACAAAUUCCAUGAAGGGACAGAGACCAGGAAUUCCUUUCUGUGAAUUUGCAGCUGCAGUUAAUACUGAUCCACGUCAUAAUGAAGCAGACAAAACUUUAUUGGGAAGGAUUGGUAUCAGUGUUAUGUUCUCAUAUUACAGAACACAGCAAUGGUCAAAGGCCAGGAAAGUUCUGGAUGCAUUGCAUGCUUUACGAAUACAUUUCACAUUUUUGAAAGGGCUUAUUGGGCAAGAAAGAUUGGCUCCAAGAUGCCAAAUUGUUAACACUGCUGUGGAAAUCUUUCUUAAAAGUGGGAACCUAGAUGGAGCAAUAUGGAUAUUAAAAGAAUCCGAAUGGGUGAUAAACACACCUUCAUGGCCAUGUGAUAGAAUGGAUGUCCUCAGUCGACAUAAUCUGCUAUGUACAAUAGUAUCUGAAUGUGUUACUAAGAGCCGUUAUAAAGAAGCAUUUGAAGUCUUGCAAAAUCUACCAGGCUUUCAGAAAUCUUGUGAUACUCUGGAUGUCUCACAGUACAGCACUUUGUUUAACAAAUUUCUAAGUACUUGUUCAGAAAACAAAAACCUUGGAAUAUCUUCUGCUGUAGUGGAGUUCAUGUUUGCAAAGAAAAUCCCUAUUGAAUUUAAUUUACUUAGAGCAGUAAUCACAGCACUGGGAAGAAGUUGUUUGUGGGUUAAAGCCAGGACAUGUUAUAAAUGUGCUUUGGCAUUGGGUUGCUACCCACCACUGGAGGGAAAUCUUUACCGUAAACUUCUGCUGAUUCCAUUUUACAUGACUGAAGUUGAGAUGUUGUUAGCAAUUGAAAUCUUCUUGGUUUCAAAUGCUAGUAGUAUUCAGAGUCCUGGUGCUUCCAGUCAAAUACUCCAAAUAGUACUGAAAAGAUGUGAAGGCAACAGUGUUGGAAGCACAGAUGACUAUCAAAGUGCAGUGGACAGGCUAAUCCAAGCUGCUUGUAUAUCUAGUCCAAAGCUUUUCAUAAAACAUUUAACAGUAAAUAUUAACAAGGAGCAAGUUUAUAGCUUGGAAUACACGUAUGUUCUCAAAUGGUUGAAAGAGAACAUGAAAUGGGCAGGAAAAGCUUGGCUCUUUCAGUAGUCAUUGAUAGACUUCCGUUACAGUAAUCAUUGUUCAAAAUAAUAAAUCAAUAAAGAUGGUUUUUGUUGUGUUCA